CUAAAAGUCAAAUGCUUGAAGAGAAGAAAUAUAUAUCUCAUUUAGAACUUAAUAAAAGCUGUCUUUCUACUUUAACAAAACUAUUUAUAAAAGAAGCCCAAUAUGCUCGAAUAACAAAAGAUGAAGCCUUAAACGCUUGCGGUCUUGUUUUAAUAAAAUUAGGUUUAGAAGAAGAAUUAAAAGAAUAUCUAUUAGACUCACUGUUAUCUAGUAGAAUAUUAACUCCAUAUUCAGAUCAGAAAUACUUAAUUUAUAAUAUCAAUGUGCAAGGAAUCCUUAUUAAUCUAACUAAAUGUUAUUCACCUCUGUGUAAUACGACAGCUUCAUUUACUUGUUAUUCAUCAUAUUGCCCUAAUAAAAAGGUGGAAAAAAAUUACUUUGAAUCAAAUGAUAAAAAAGAUAUUAAAGAACAAUGUAUUUCAAAUAUUCCUCAUUCUAUCCUCAUGAACUUACCAUCUCGAGAACGAAAACGACAGCUAGCAAUUGAAGAAUUAAUACAUUAUGAGGAAAAUUUCUUAAAGCAACUUGCAGUUAUCCAUAAUGUUUAUGAGCAGCCUUUGAUCAUGUCAAAGGUAACAAUUGAAGAAUCUCGAAAAUACUCAUUUCAUGAUAUAUUAUUUGGCAAUUACCACAUAUUAGCAAGCUAUCAUAAAAAAAUGCUUAAAGAAUUGCAAUCAAUAAAGGAAUCUCAUAAGUAUACUCUUUUUCCUGAUUCGAUCACAUUAGGAAAUGUGCUUUUAAAACAUUUUUCAAAAUUUAAAGACAUCUAUAUCCGAUAUGUUAGUAAUUAUAUUGCUGCCAAGUAUCAGUAUAGCCUAGAAUAUAAAAAUAACAUAGCCUUCGCUUGUUUUAUAAAGCAACAAGAAGCAGUUGAAAAGGAGUUUCGUAUACCCUUAAAAGACUUGCUGAUCUCUCCAAUUAUUCGCUUACCAAAAUAUGAUUUAUUACUUUCGACAAUUUUAAAAUAUUCAGAAGAAGAUCAAGAUAAGACUUUAAUUCAGACAAUCGCGCUAUUGACUGAUAUUUUACAUAAAAUAAAUGAGGCUACUCGAAUUGCAGAAACAGAACAGCGCUUAGAGGAGAUCAAGGCUAGUUUAGUGAUCAAAAGACGUCCAAGUAUUAAAUAUCAAAACAAACUCCAACAAAUAAUAUCUGAUGAUGUUACAUUAAUAUUUGAAGGAACAGUUAAUUUAAUAAGGUCACCCCCAAUACUACCUACAACAUGCCAAUUAUUUUUAUUUAAUGAUUCACUACUCAUUACUAGAAAACGAACAAUGUUAAAUGGGAAAGAAGAAUAUGUUUUGAUAGACAAGCCCAUUCCUAUACACAUGCUUAAAAUUGAAAAUAUAUCAAAACGUACUAUCUCAAUGCGCCAGCAAGGGAAUGUUUUAUCAUCCAUUCGACGACAAUUAAGUGGUAAUCAGCAACUUCGUCGCUAUAAUAGUGAUAGUACAGGACUAAAAGUGUUACCAAAAGCUACUAUAGACAGAGAACAACAAAAAGAAGAUAUAAGUUUUGGCAAUCAUAAUGAUACACUCAACAUGGAAUCAGACGAUAGUUCACCAAUAUAUUCAGAUGUCUAUACUUUAUCAGGUUUAAAAUUACGACAUCGUAUACGUGUUAUUAAACAGCGAAUAAGCAAGAAGAAUAAAGAAGCAAAUUCGACUUUUAAUAAUUCAAAUAGCCACAUCAAAAAUACUACUUCAUCACCAUUACUGCAAAAGUCUGCAUCAUAUCCCUUUAGUAAAGACGCAUCCUGUGUCAUUGUAAAAUCAAGAUUGUUACAGAUAAGCCAUAUGGCUUACCCAGGGUCAAAUUAUCUUUUUGAAUGCCCUACACUCGAUAAUAGAUUAAAAUGGAAAAAGGCCAUUACAUCUAUACUACCUAAUCCUAAUUUUGAACCAUUUAGUCUUAAAUUACUUUGUAGUACAUCAAAUUAUUCUAGCUUUCAGAGCAUCAAUGGAAUGUAUGCCACGGGAUGUGGAACAAUUUGGUGCACUUUACCAUUUUUAACAUCAGAUGGUCGUGGAGCUAUUGCUUUAGGAACACAGUAUGGAUUUUGGGUAGCCUUUAAUGAUGCCUCUGAAUUAUUUAAACAAAUUUUAUCAUUUAACUGCUAUCAGCUAGAAUUAUUUGAUAAUAAGAUUAUAUUAGUAAGAGGACAUAAGCCUAAUCGAGUACUGGGUGCAGUUAUUAUUGAUCAUAUAUAUCCUCCUUCUUCGGAAUCUAUUACGACAAACUAUGAUUUAAAAGAAUUUCAAAUUAUACAAAAAUCAGGUAUAUUGCAUUUCGCCGUAGGUACACUUCGAGGAGAGCCUAUUUUAUGCUAUUUACGUCGUCGCCGUACAGGUUCUAUUAGACUUGUACUUAUGAUUUAUUAUAAUGAUAACUCUACUACUACGCCAUGGUUUAAAAAAGUGAAAGAGUAUAAACCGACAUUUAUUCAACCAGAAGAUUUAAAAAUAAUAGAUGACUCUAUUUAUAUUCGGUCAAGAACAGAAGGUAUCGAGAAGAUUGAUUUACUAAAUUGGGUUUUAGGAUUAUCUUGUGCCAAUAACGGUUUUCAACAUUCAAAUUUUUCACAACUUUUAGACCUCCCUGCACCCUAUCGAAUGUCAAUAAAGGAGAAUCAUCAAAUAGAAGAAUCGUCACUAAUUACAAUAAGUUAUGUACCUUUAAAUCAACCAGGCAUAGGUCUAAUUUGUAGCGCGCAAUUUGCAUUUCCAGUCACAGAUGAAAAUGCAUAUUCUUUUCAACAACCAAUCGAGUUAAAAGUAAAUGCAAAAGCUAUGGUAGUAUACUAUCCUUAUUUAAUUGCUUUUUCACCAAAUAUCAUUGAAAUAAGACAUUUGGAAACUACCGCUCUUGUAGAGGCAAUACCCGGAAAGAAAAUAAGAUGUCUAUAUACAUCACCUCCUAGUAGCUUAACUAAAAAUGAUAUAUGUAUUAUUCAUGUAUCAAUGUUUCACGCAGAAGAAGAUCAAACAAAAGUAUAUCAACUUUACCUUAAAGAGCAAAUAUUGUUCGAAAACUAAUCGGAAGUUCAAUUAAUAAUCCAAAAAAAGAAGUAUUUCAUGUUCUUGCUCUUUUACCCUUAAU